AUGAGACCUUUAGUUCUCAGAGGCCAUCGCAGGCCGUUAACAUGUGUCAAGACUAACAAGGAGGGUGACCUUCUGUUUACUUGUGGGAAGGAUGCCAACCUUAUGCUAUGGCGUACCGACAACGGGCAGCAGAUCGGCAAAUAUAACACUGGACGUGGUGCUAUAUGGGCUUGUGAUGUCACUUUGGAUUCCAAGAGGUUAAUCGUUGCUACUGGUGAUGCUCGUAUCCUUGUUAUGGACACGCUUUCUGGUGAACUAUUGGCUGAUAUAAAAGAUGAGGGUGCGUGCAAAUAUGUCGAGUGGAACCAUCAUCCAAAAAAACAAAAUAUGUUUGCCGUUAUCCAUGACGACUUUGGUGAAAACGUAUUCAUGGCUGUUAAAGUCUACAAGCUUAACUUUGUGGAAACUGCUGAUGGAGAGCAAGUUGUCGAACAUCGCAUUCUCUGGGUACAGAGAGGAUACAGAUCGCGUGCAAUCCAAUGUCAUUGGGGUCCGUUAGAUAAGGAGAUUAUUACAUGUCACGAAAACGGUACUAUCCAGGUUUGGAGUGCCCAUGAUGGUAGUAAUCUACAUGUUAUCGAGGCCCAUAAACAGUCUGUGACCUGUAUCUCAUUUGACCUCCUGGGGCUUUUCAUGCUAUCGUGCUCAACGGAUGGUACUGCAAAGUUAUGGGAAACGCGUAACUGGACCACCAUCAAGAACUACAAAACAGACCGACCCCUUAAUGCCUGUGUAAUAUCGCCAAAGUUCAAAUUGGGCAGUGCGGAGAAGGCACAUAUAUUACUGGGAGGUGGUCAAUCUGCUGACGAGGUCACAACAACAGCUGCUUCUGAGGGUAAAUUCCAGGCACUGCUCUACCAUUUGAUACAUGAGACUGAAAUUGGCAGUAUCAAGGGUCACUUUGGUCCCAUCAAUACUCUGACAUUCCUUGCCGACGGCUUUGGGUAUGUCAGCGGUGGAGAAGACGGUAACGUCAGGAUCUACCAUUUUGACAAAGAUUACAUUCUUGACAAGUACGAUUAA